AUGGCCCCGCUCGCUGCGUUCGUGGCCCACCUUGCCGCCGUCGCCUCGUCGCCCGCCCCACCUGCGUCCCUCUUCGUCCACGUCCCAGGGGACGCAGAUCACCUCGCCCGCACCGUCACCGUCACCCUCGAGCACGCCGUGACCGACCACCGAGCAGCGACCGCGCGAGACCGGCCCUCGGUCGACACCCUCCUCCCUCGAGUCGCCUCACUCGACCUCGCACGCGCUUACUCGACAAAGGCCGCGUUCGACUCGAUCCUCGACCAGCUCUCGGCCUGGACCUCUGCCCACCGCAACGGCCACCCACCCUGGGACGACCGCGACAAGGGCAUCCCGGCCUGGCACGGCUCGCUCGACCGCCUCAAGGUCGUCCACGCCGACCCGCACCGCCGCAACAGCUCGGGCGAGCGCCCGCCCAAGCGUGCGAGGACGGCGAGGCGAGCGAGCGUCGACUCGAGCGACGACGGCGGCGAGCGACGAGAAGGCGACGACGGCCCGCGCUGGGUCCUCGAGUGGGACGACGACGCGCCAGUUCGCCCUGUCGACAAGCCUGCCCUCGCCCCGCUGCGCAACACGGUCGACGCCUUCCACCACUCGCUGCGCGCCAUCUUUGCGCUCUCGCCCUCGCCUCCCGUCCUCCCGAGCGCAGCCUCGUCCGCCCUCGACCCCGCCGCCGACCUCGCGCCUCGAGACGACCACGGCCCAGCGGCGCCCGCUCGGCGCUUCAUCGUCGUCGAGCACGGCGAGCUUCUCGGCGAGCUGGCGGGUGGCACAGGAGGGGCGAGCGGCGCGGCGAGGGAGACGGGUGUCGGCGUCACGUUCGCGAGCACCUUGCACCGGCUCGCCGACCUUACGGGCUUGCCCAUCACGGUCGUCACCAUCUCGCGGUUGCCGUGGCACAAGCUGCGCGAGUCGAUGGUCGGCCUGCCGAGCCCAGAGCUGCUCUCGGUCGACGACAUGACGAGUACAGAAACCGUCGCCCUCCUCACUUCGCGAUUCGCCUCGUCGCCCGCCUCGCACCCGACGUCGUCCGACUCGCUGUCGCACGCCCAGCUCGUCGAGCUCUUCCGCUCGCUCGCCUAUGUCGUCAAGUCGACGUUCGGCGGCGCCGUCACCGAGGUGGACGAGCUCGCGUUCAUGUGCGCCAGACUGUGGCGGAGGUGGAAGGACGUGCGCGAGCGCAGCAAUCCGCCCAUCGCCCCGACCGACACGGCCCGUCUCUCGAUCGCGCUCAGGCCCGAGUUUGCCGCCGAGCUCGAGCGCCUCUUCCUCCCUCGCCCGACCCUCGCCUCGCUCCCGCCAGUCGGCCUCGCCGCCGCACAAGGCCCCAAUGCCCACCACUCGACCUCGAGCGCAGCACCGACGAGCGCGCUCGGCUUCACGGGCACGAUCGCGGCGCCGCCCAAGCAGCCGACCUACCUCGACUCGCCCUCGUCCUCGUCCGCCGCACGACUCGACGCCGGCGCCCCGGGCUCGAACGACGGCGCCGACUCGGGCGACUUCUUCGCCGCUCGGGCCGCUCAGGCGUUUGCCUCGCCGGCGCGCCCGGGCCCGUCGGCCGGCGCCGUCGACCCGUUCUUCGCCGCCGGGCCCGCCCCGAGCAUGGCCCGUACGGCGAGCUCGUCCUCUCGCGCCGGCGCCGCAGCACCCGCUGUCGCCGCCGCCGCCGCAGCCGCAGCAGCAGCAGCGCCCGCCUCGGCGGCGACGCUCGCCAAGUCGCUCCCGCUCGCGGCGCGGUACCUGCUCCUCGCGGCCUACUUUGCGGCGCACAACCCGCCCAAGAGCGACGUGCGCAUGUUUGUGCGCGUCGACGAGACCGAGGGGGUCGCGCGCAAGGGCAAGAAGGCCAAGCGCAAGGGCGGCGGGGCCAAGGCCGGUGGGAAGGGCAGCCCAAAGAAGAACGCAGCGGCGCUGAGCGGCGGCAAGCCGUUCGCGCUCGAGCGCCUCGUCGCCCUGUUCGACGCCGUCCUCGACAGCCGCCUCGAGUACGCGCUCGGGACGCCGGCCGUCCUCGCGCUCGUGCAGGCGCUCGUCCAGCUGCGCCUGUUGACGCGCGCGAGUGCCCAGGACAAGGUGCUCGACGGCGUCAAGCUGCGGUGCGCGAUCGAGCGCGACGAGGCCGAGGGGCUCGCGGUGAGCCUCGGGUGGAAGGAGUGGAAGGAGCGGCUCGUCGGCGUCGACGACUAGAUGGCGCGCUGCGAACGAGGACAGUGCGCGCAACGUCGAGUCUC